CCCUUCCCAACAUGGCUGCUCCUGCUCCUGCCCUUCCCAACAUGGCUGCUCCUGCUCCUGCCCUUCCCAACAUGGCUCCUGCUCCUGCCCUUCCCAACAUGGCUGCUGCUGCUCCUGCCCUUCUCAACAUGGCUGCUCCUCCUCCUGCCCUUCCCAACAUGGCUGCUCCUGCUCCUGCCCUUCCCAACAUGGCUCCUCCUGCUCCUGCCCUUCCCAACAUGGCUGCUCCUCCUGCCCUUCCCAACAUGGCUGCUCCCAUCAGCACCUUCUCGGUGGACAGCUGCAUGAGUGACACCUACCGCCUGAAGUACCACAAGCCCAGACCAGGCCUGCCCUUCAUGACCGACAUCCAGGGGGAGGGGCAACCGGCGCCAGGGGAGGGGCAACCGGCACCAGGGGAGUGCCAACAGCCGUCGCCAGGGCAACUGUCGUCAGGGGAGGAGCCAGAGGAGGAAGUGAAUCAGCAAGGCCACACCCCCUUAGGCACGCAGAGGACCAACCAGCCGAGAGCUGAAACAGGUUCCAGAGCAGCAGGCAGGUGGAAUCCCGUCACCUUCAGAGGCCUGGACGAACACGGAUACCUCUAGACACACACACACACACACACACACACACACACACACACACACACACACACACACACCUGAAGACCUGGACGAACACGGAUACCUCUAGACACACACACACACACACACACACACACACACACACACACACACACACACACACACACACACACACACACACACACACACCUGAAGACCUGGACGAACACGGAUACCUCUAGACACACACACACACACACACACACACACACAC